UGGACAUAGCAACAGGUCAGUGGGUACUAUAUGGAGUUCUACCAUUCACCACGGAGUGUGACGGCAUUGACCUGAAAAGAGCAGAGCUAUUUUCAUUCUGACAUUCUGACUUUCAUUCUCUUCACCUUUAUUCCUACCAUCUGGCUGUUGGGAAAGGAUAGGACAAUGUGAGGUGAUACUACAACAGCAUGGUGACGCACAUCCUGUGGUGUGCGUUUGCAUGGACAUUCAAGGGUCUGUUAUGUACCUGCAGGUUCUUCUGGGUGAGCCCAUACUACUCAAUCAAACACAUGCCCAAUGAACCUCACGGAACAGGGAAGGAUCAAGUGAAACAAAAAACAGUGAAUCAGGAAAUACCAGGAAGUCAUGAUAGCAGUGCCAUGCAGAGGAGACUGUCCAAAGCUGAGAGGGAGAUUCAGGCCCUCAAGACCCAGAUCACCUUUGAGAGGGCAACAUGGGAGAGGAAGUUUGUGGAACUGCAGGUGAAACAGCAGGACCUACGUUAUCAGCUGAUCUCUGAGACUGUAGCCAGGCCUGGAAGUUUACAUCAGGUGGGCAGCUUCGAGGACCUUGGCGAGUCAGAGGUGGAAAACAGACAGUCUUACGAUGGAAAGGACCAGGACAGCUCAAGCAGCUUGAGCCAUUCCAACCGAAGCAAAGGGUCUGAGAGGAUGUCAUCAACAGGCGACACAUGCCAAAGCAGCUUGUCUGGCAGCCAGGUCUCAUUGAACUCAGCAUUUGGCUCCAGACCCAUUUCUGCUCUGUCUACAGCCACCAGUGGGAGCUCCUGGCGGAGCUACACCGGUCCACACCGGGUUUUUGUGCCUCACUCCCCCCUGGACCUGCAGACGGGACACCGGGUUCGAGUCCUGCUGCCCUCGGGACGGAUCAGCACAGGCACGGUUCGUUACCUGGGCCACCUGGAGGGGGAGCCAGACUUCCAUAUGGGAGUGGAGCUGGAAUCACUUGAACACGGGCAGCAAGAUGGCACACACAGGGGACAGUGCUACUUUGAAUGCAAGGCUGGCCACGGUGCCUUUGUGCCAUUCACCAAGCUGUUGAUGGCCUGGGAGUGAUGACAUCACAGUCUCUAUGGUGGAGGGUUACAUCUGGAUGAAUCAUAUGGACUCUUUGGCAUCAAUUACGAAUGGUCUCUGAAAGUAAACUUACACUACUGGUCAAAAGUUUUAGAACA